AUGGACGCCCUUCGAGCCGGCUUCGAGAACAGAGCUUCCUCUCGAUUACGAAUGCCUACACCCGCCAAUGUUUUCUCCAGAGGCAGACGGAAGCGUCCUGUCAUCUCAGCACCCAUGGGACCCAUAAAGAACUCUCGAGGUCCAGACUUGACACGGAGUGAGACCUUUAUCAUUGUACCAACCAUCAAAGACUGCGUAUCCGACGAGUCAUUGUCCGACAAAGAAAACAACGAAGCUAAAAAGACAACCAGACGUAUUUCUGCCAGCUUCUCGACCCACGGAUCACUUGCUAGUCCUCCUACAGUGGCUAAAUCCAGUAUCAUUGCGACAACCUCCUACCAAUCUCUCACAAAGGCGGCCCCAAUAAAGUCUCUACCAACUACAAGCUCUUUCCAGAGCGUAUCUGAUGCAUCAGUAGCCAAAAGUUAUAGCUACGGUGUUUACCCGAGUCUCGAAUCCAUCAUCCAGGACGAGAAUGUCCCCCCUCCUGAUCAUAAAGAGUCAGCCCCCCAAGUAUCCGCUUCUGAACCCAUGAGCAAAAGCCGUCUUCCAAAAUCUCGAACACUGAGCGUUUUGAGCGACAUCAAAACCUCCAUCUCCCGAUCUUCGCUGAACGCGAAGCAAUCCACCUCUCGCACUCUUGCUGAUCCGUCUCGCAAGAUAUCUGGAUCUUCAACAAGUAGUCUAUUCGCAUCUAGUACUUCACGACUGCGCCUGCCGAGGGCUUCUUUAACUUCCAUUCCUCGAUCUAGUAGUUCAAGCACCACGGCGACCGAGGUGCAGCCAGAUCCCAAUCAAAUCACCACAUCACAACCCUCAGCAUAUUGGUCAGGCCGCUUUGUUUCUCUCCACGAUCGUUUCCUAUCAGAAGAAUUCAGCAAUGAGAAAACUGUCACGUCUGGCUCUUCCUUUGGAAAUUCUUUCGAGCCUCAUGCCAUGACAACUGAUCGGGUGGCCGUCAACUCUCGUCCGACCCAUCUCUCCCAUUCUACCACAACCUCAGCUCUUACUAGUCUGACUAUCACUAAGCCACGCAGCUCACCGAGCACUAAGGAUGCUCGAUGUAAGCGAAUUUUUGAACAUCUUGAAGGUCUUUGUGCCACGAGCGAAGCCCGUCGCUCGCUGUUUGCUUGGCAGCAGACGUAUGCCCGACGUAUGGGAAAACCACAGCUUCUUCCCCAGGGAGGUCGAAUGGAGAACAACAGCCUCAUGGGGAAAAUCUUUGGCGCAGGGCCUCGCACAGGGGGAAGGCGAAGUUUACCGGUGAUGGGUGAGUCCUCGGCUGUACCGACCGCGAAGAAGACAAAGCCCCGUCUUGCUAUUGGAGGACAUGGAAAGCGGCUCUCCACUAACUGA